AUGCCUCUUACGCUAACACCCGCGACGGAUGACUGGGACCAGCCCUCUUCUGCAGCACAGUCUCCCAUUGAGACAAUACAUUUCGAAAAUGCAAAAGAUAUGGCCAAAACUCUAGCAGCCCUUGCUGAGAGGUUCAUCCAGGCCGGCGAGACUCAUCUCGCGUACAACAAUGUCUCUGACAGGUACUUUGUUAAGACCUGGAAGAGACUGUUCGAAGAAUGUCUUAAUGAUUUUGGCGCAAACUACGACAAUACCGAGGAUGUGGACAACCGAGAUGACGCGGCUCCGCACUCUACUAUUAAUGUUCACAUUUCCGUUCUUCGCACACUUCUUCCAUCGUUCACAAUUACGUUCCACGACAUACAACUUCCCACACUAUCUACCAUGCCAAAUCGCGUACCCAACCUACACUCAACCUUCUACGGGCUUGUACUCUUAUUCUUACAAGUCGUUGGUUAUGUCCUCUGUCGCCGUGAGGUUCUCAUACUUCUCCUCAAUGCCGCCGAUUACAUUGAGAGUUCUCAGCUCUUCAUGGCUAUUCAGUCAAUUGAUGAAUACGGGAGUUGGCUAGCUUCUAACCUCGAGGUUGCCCUGGCUCAUCUCCAAACGGCUAUGACCAAUAGUCUUCAAUUCAUUCGUAUUGCCCAUCAACAAUCGUUGGACUCAAUAGCGACAUCCGAAAAACAACUUAAUGUUGCUACCUGGGAGCACCUAGAAGGGGUCAGCAGUGACUUGGCUCGCCAGCCCAUCCGUGCUCUACACUCCACGAUGUUCCAUAGCAUCGAGUCGGCUGCUGCUAUAUAUCGAGUCAUAUCUGGUGUAUGCAUCCUCAUAGCGCAUCUAGUCAAGACAUCGCCCUACUUUGAGAGACUCGCCAUCGCUGGUAAAUACGCCUUUGCUCUCUACAUCAUUACAACCAUAUCUUGGGGUAUUUGGAUUUCUUUCUGGCGAGUUUUGCGCUUCAUCGGGUUCACUACUGUUGCAUACAUCACUGCUGGCUGGCGUUGGCUUUGGUACUCUCUCUUCAAUAUUGGCUGA